AUGACUAACCCAGUGGAACAAGCUGGCUUCCGUUGUGGCCGCAACUAUACCGACCAGGUGUUAUCCCUCACAACCCACAUUGAAGCAGCGUUUCAAAAGAAACUAAAGACGGUUGCUGUUUUAAUAGACCUGUUAGCGGCAUACGAUACAGUUUGGCGGCAAGGAUUGGUCUACAAGCUCAUGAAAGCGGUACCAUGCAGAAAAAUAGUGGGGCUGUUAAAUAGUAUGCUUAGCAACCGUGAGUUCAUGGUUUUCCUUGGCGACAGUGAAAGUCGUAUCAAAAAGCUGAACAAUGGAUUACCACAGGGUUCAGUUUUGGCUCCGCUGCUCUUAAAUCUUUACUUACAUGACAUACCUGAAACGCAGAGUCGUAAAUUUAUGUAUGCUGAUGACAUAGCACUAGCUUCCCAACACGAAACCUUCAAACCAUCCGAAGGUAUUCUUAACGAGGACUUAAGUAUACUAGACAAAUGCUUUAGAAAAUGGAGACUAGUACCAAACACUGCCAAAAACGAAGUAACUGCGUUUCACUUGGCUAACCAAAAUGGAAAAAUACGAGCACACUGUUGA